GGGUCACGUGGCGGCGUCCAAAAGAAAUUGAACUUUCCAAGUGGUGGGAGAACUCUGCAUGCGGGUCAGGUGCAACGGCCCCAACCGGGAGAGGUUGUGGGCUUUCUCCUACAGGCCCUCGGGUCCCCUCCUCGAUUGAUCCCUUUCCCCGCCCAAAGGUGCCAUGUGGCGAAGCUGCUUUCGGCUCGGAGCUGUUGGCGAGAGCUUCCCACGCCGUCCGUGCCUUCUCCCUGCUGCCCCCUUAGGACCCGGGGACCAGGCCGGGCCGGCCCCGGGGCUCUCGCUCCUCCGCCGGGCUUACGCCCCCCCCGCAGAAAGAAAGAAGUUUUAUCAGAAUGUCAGCAUUACACAAGGUGAAGGUGGAUAUGAGAUAAACCUGGACCACAGAAAACUGAAAACUCCCAAUGCCAAGCUCUUUACUGUUCCCAGUGAAGCACUGGCCAUUGCUGUGGCCACGGAGUGGGAUUCCCAGCGAGACACUAUCAAGUUCUACACGAUGCAUUUGACCACACUGUGUAACACAUCUUUAGACAACCCAACUCAACGAAACAAAGAUCAGCUUAUCCAAGCUUCUAUGAAGUUUCUGGACACAGACACGAUCUGUUACAGGGUGGAAGAGCCAGAAACAUUAGUGGAACUUCAAAAGAAUGAGUGGGAUCCAAUUAUAGACUGGGCAGAAAAAAGAUAUGAUGUUAAGAUUGGAUCUUCUACAAACAUAAUGGGACCUGAUAUCCCAGCCAAGACUAAAGAGACCUUCAUCAGUCUUUUGGCAUCUUAUAACAUGUGGGCCUUGCAAGGUAUAGAAUUUGUGGUCACCCAGUUAAAGUCCAUGGUUUUGUCCUUGGGGUUGAUUGACAGGCAUCUUACAGUAGAAAAGGCAGUCCUGCUUUCUCGUCUGGAAGAAGAGUACCAGAUCCAGAAAUGGGGCAAUGUGGAAUGGGCCCAUGACUAUGAACUACAGGAAUUGCGGGCUCGAACUGCAGCUGGGACACUUUUUGUUCACCUUUGCUCUGAAAAUUCCACAGUAAAACAUAAACUCCUGCAGGGAUGAAGUUCUCUCACUAAAUUCUGCAAUGAUAAAGAAAUGAUGAGAGCGUCCUAGGUGAACUGAGGAUGGUACAAGCUACUGGCCACUGGACUGAUCCCCAGUUCCUGCUGAAAGCUCAUCCUGUCCUUGGUAAUCAAGAGGUACCCAGGAGAACACCUUCUAGCAAGGGGGUAAAGGAGCUAUAGCUGUACUUAGUACACAGGACAUUCUCCUACUUUUACUUUUAAUAUUAAAGAUUGCAUCAACAUCAAAACUUG